GCAUGCUCAGUCGGGUUUAACCCUGCCCGGGGAAGGAGGCGAUGAUUUUGGUUGUGCUGUCGUGUAUAAUGUGUGCUCACACAUUACCUGACAGACAUGAACAAGUGUCAACACUAACCGCGGUGUGAGCGAAUUACCCCGUGGGGUAUUCUUCGAGGGACAGUUGGUCGCGAACGUCGCGGUAUCGAUCCAAAACAUUUGGAAAAUGAUGCGCUUCAUGCUGCUGUUCAGUCGGCAGGGCAAGCUGCGGCUGCAGAAGUGGUACACGGCCACGGCCGAGCGCGACAAAAAGAAGAUGGUGAGGGAGCUGAUGCAGAUCGUACUCGCCCGCAAGCCUAAAAUGUGCAGCUUUCUGGAGUGGAGGGACCUCAAGAUUGUCUACAAGAGGUAUGCCAGCUUGUACUUCUGCUGCGCUGUGGAGGAGCACGACAACGAACUCAUUACGCUCGAAGUCAUCCACCGCUUUGUCGAACUCUUGGAUAAAUACUUUGGCAGCGUGUGCGAGCUGGACAUCAUCUUCAAUUUUGAGAAGGCCUACUUCAUCCUGGACGAGUUCCUGAUGGGAGGCGAGAUCCAGGACACGUCCAAGAAGAGCGUCCUCAAAGCCAUCGAGCAAGCCGACAUCCUGCAGGAGGAAGACGAGUCGCCCAGGAGCGUCCUGGAGGAGAUGGGCUUGGCGUAGUGGACGCUCGUGCAUGGGACUGAACACUACUUCUGUGUGUCACAUGUGGCUUGGCGACUGUGAUGCACCGCGUGGGUACGAGCCUCGCAUUGACACGUCCACCAGUGUGUGUGUGUGUGUGU